AUGUUCAAAGUUUUUGAGCAACAAUUUCAAGCUUUGUUAGAAACUUUUCCUAAUACCGGCAUGCAAUUAACACAGCAUGUUGAAUCUAUUAAUGCAAUUGUUUAUAAGGCUAUUUCUUUUAGUUCAACUAUGGCUGAUGUAGUUGAAGUUUUAGACUCUUGA